CAACCCCAAAUCUCCAUCCCAUAUGAUUCCCAUCGUCUUCUUUUCUCGAUAACUUAAUUCUCAGACGUUCCGGACCAGCCUACGCAUACCUAUGUUUCGAUCCUAACAUGUUUCGAUCAAAACUAGUGCUAUCCUUUUCCCUCUCAAUCAUCUUCCUCCUCUUAACCACAGUCCAAUCCAAGUGUCCCAAGACCUGCGACUUGGCUCUGGGCUCGUACUACGUCUGGCCCGGAACCAACCUCACUUUCAUUUCCACAGCAUCAGCCGACUCCAUCACCGAUAUCCUCGGCUACAACACAUACAUCACCAAUGCGGACAGCAUCGAAGCGGGAACCAGAGUCAACCUCCCCUUCACCUGCGACUGCAUCGACGACGAGUUCCUGGGCCACGUGUUCCCAUACUCGGUUCUGUCCGGGGACACGUACUAUGAGAUCGCGCAGACGUACUACGCGAAUCUAACUACGCCCGCGAUGCUGGAGCAGUUCAACAGCUACCCGGAGUCCAAUGUCCCGGUUAAAGCGGUGUUGAACGUGACGGUGAAUUGUUCGUGCGGGGACGCGGCGGUGUCGAAGGCGUACGGGUUGUUCAUCACUUACCCGCUUCGGGUUGGGGAUAGCUUGGAGUCGAUUGCGGCUGCUGCGAACUUGAGUACGGAUUUGCUGCAGAGCUACAACACGGGUGUAGAUUUUAGCGCGGGGAGUGGUCUGGUUUACAUUCCUGGCAAAGAUAAAAGUGGAAAUUAUCCACCCCUGAAAUCCAGCACAGGAUUGUCAGGUGGAGUCAUAGCUGGAAUAUCUUUAGGAGUAGUGAUGGGAGCACUACUAGUGUUUGUUUGCAUAUAUUGUGGGUUCUGCAGAAAGAAGAAAAUGCUGGACAAGUUAUUGAGUUCAAAAAGAUAUGAAGAUCGACAUCUUCAAGCUGGUAGGGCUCCGGGAAGUACUUCAGAGAAAUCAGACUCCAUUGGGGCUCCUGGUAGUACUUCUUCCCGUGGCUUAGCCAUCAGUGUGGACAAAUCUGUGGAGUUCUCCUAUGAAGAGCUUGCAAAGGCAACUAAUGACUUCAGUAUUGGUCAUAAGAUUGGUCAAGGUGGCUUUGGAGCUGUCUACUUUGCUGAGUUGCGAGGCGAGAAAGCUGCAAUCAAGAAGAUGGAUAUGAUGGCUACAAGGGAAUUCCUUGCUGAACUGAAGGUUUUAACACAUGUUCAUCACCUGAACCUGGUGCGCUUGAUUGGCUAUUGUGUGGAGGGCUCUCUUUUUCUAGUAUAUGAAUACAUCGAGAAUGGCAAUUUAAGCCAACAUUUACAUGGGACAGGAUGGGAUCCCAUCCCUUGGUCUACCAGGGUGCAAAUUGCUCUUGAUUCAGCUAGAGGGCUUGAAUAUAUUCAUGAGCAUACUGUGCCUGUCUAUAUUCAUCGGGACAUCAAAACAGCAAAUAUACUGAUAGACAAAAACUUCCGUGCGAAGGUUGCAGAUUUUGGUUUAACAAAGCUGACUGAAGUUGGGGGUUCGUCACUGCCCACACGUCUUGUGGGUACAUUUGGAUACAUGCCACCAGAAUAUGCUCAAUAUGGUGAUGUUUCUCCUAAAAUAGAUGUAUAUGCAUUUGGGGUUGUCCUCUAUGAACUAAUUUCAGCCAAAGAAGCCAUAGUCAAGGCAGGUGGUUCUAUGCUUGAAUCGAAGGGCCUCGUUGCUUUGUUUGAGGAAGUUCUUAAUCAGCCUGAUCCAAGAGAAGACCUUAGCAAGCUGGUUGACCCUAGGCUUGGAGAUAGCUACCCCAUCGAUUCAGUUCGCAAGCUGGCUCAGCUUGCGAAAGCGUGCACACACGAGAAUCCACUACUACGGCCUAGCAUGCGGUCUGCUGUCGUUGCGCUCAUGACUCUUUCGUCCUCAACGGAAGACUGGGAUGUUGGUUCCUUUUAUGAAAACCAAGCUCUAGUCAGUCUAAUGUCAGGGAGGUAGUGGCUGUCAAGAGAAAGUCCAUUGGAUUGGCUGUAAUACUCAGAUCAAACUGUUGAAAAUUUUCAAAGAUGCAUAAAUUAGUUGUAAAUGUGAAAAGUUUUGUAUGUAGUA